CACACACACACACACAGCCACACCUUCAGACGCUGCUCACACACUGCACUCUGAGCCCUCAGGAUGCCUUUCUCGAAGCUGCUGUCUUUCCUGAAGAACCUGUCGCGGGUAAAGCCGUUGGAGCCAGAUGGCGAGAGUUCCGAUUUCCGCCGCUGUUUGACCACUCUGGACCUGGUGGCACUGGGCGUGGGCAGCACGCUGGGCGCCGGGGUUUACGUGCUCUCGGGAGAGGUGGCGCGCACCGUAUCAGGCCCCAGCAUCAUCAUCUCCUUCCUCAUUGCUGCCAUUGCGUCGGUGUUUGCCGGGUUGUGCUACGCCGAGUUCGGUGCCCGUGUGCCCAAAACAGGUUCUGCGUAUCUGUACAGCUACGUGACUGUGGGAGAAGUGUGGGCCUUCAUUACAGGAUGGAACCUGCUGCUGUCCUACGUCAUAGGUACGUCGAGCGUGGGAGCCUGGAGCGGAACAUUUGAUGAUCUCAUCGGGAACGUCAUUGAUUCGUAUUUGAGGGAACAUGUAGCAAUGGACUUACCUGGACUCGCUCCUUACCCAGACUUCUUUGCAGCUGCACUUAUCAUGCUUCUGGCAGGAAUUCUCGCUUUCGGAGUAAAAGAGUCCGCGAUGGUUAACAAGAUCUUCACCGGUGUAAAUGUUCUGGUGCUGCUGUUCGUCAUCAUCGCUGGAUUUAUUAAAGGCAACAUUAAUAACUGGAAUCAAACCGAGGAGGACAUCAUCAACACCACGACGUCCAUCAACCCGAACACUACAGAUUUUUCUAAAUACGGAACUGGAGGAUUUUUCCCUUUCGGAUUCGAGGGAACGUUGGCCGGAGCUGCGACCUGCUUCUACGCUUUUGUAGGAUUCGAUUGUAUCGCCACUACGGGCGAGGAGGUCCGUAACCCUCAGAAGUCGAUCCCCGUGGGUAUUGUGGUGUCACUCCUGAUCUGUUUUUUGGCUUACUUUGGCGUCUCGGCUGCUCUCACGCUCAUGAUGCCGUAUUACCUGCUGAGCAUCCAGAGCCCGCUCCCUACGGCCUUCACACACGUGGGCUGGGAACCAGCGAAGUACGCCGUGGCCGUGGGGUCUCUGUGUGCGCUCUCUACCAGUUUGUUGGGUGCGAUGUUCCCGAUGCCACGUGUCCUGUUCGCCAUGGCCCGAGACGGACUUCUCUUCAAACCCCUGAGUCGGAUGAGCUCCAGGCAGAGUCCCGUCAUCGCCACUCUCGUGUCAGGAUUCGUGGCAGCCAUCAUGGCACUCGUGUUCGACCUGAAAGCUCUGGUGGACAUGAUGUCCAUCGGGACGCUGUUUGCCUACACUCUGGUGGCCAUCUGCAUCCUCAUCCUCAGAUACAAAGGGGAUUCGGACGAGCUGAGCGAAAAGGAGAGGUGGAGCUUAAUCCGACCACCAUCUUCACCUACAGCCACCAGCUCGAAAGUCGUCUCCUUCCUGACCAUAGCCAUCAUCGUGUUGAUCGUGGCCUUGAGUGUGACUCUGACCAAGGGGCUGGAGUCAGGCCUGGUGGAGACGUGGUGGAUGAUUCUGAUCAUCUGUGUACUCGUGCUGUUUUUAUUGACCGCCAUCUUCAUCAUCUGGAGACAACCUCAGAACAGCACCAAGGCCGCCUUCAUGGUUCCUCUCGUGCCAGUGCUUCCCAUUGUUAGUACUUUUGUCAACAUUUAUCUGAUGGUUCAGCUUGGAGGAGAGACUUGGAUCCGUUACGCCGUGUGGAUGGCAGUAGGGAUGCUGAUUUAUUUCUGCUACGGCGUUUGGCACAGUGUCCAGAAGACGCGAGACGAAUAUGCUCAGAGCUUUGAGCCGCAAACCGUCUCCGGCCAAAUGGAGAAAUCGAAGAAAGAGGAUGUUUGUCUACAACAAACCAAGUUAUAAAGUUCUCCCCGAAUCGCAACACGUUCUCGACCCGUGCCUGAUGAUUAUUGAUGAUGGAUGACGAGUGUGUGUGUGGGUGCAGAUCAGGAUGUGAUGUGUGGAUUUGUACAAAGAAAAAAAAGAGAAAGACUUUUACAAGACAGACGUAACAAAUUAAGCAAACAGUUUGACCGUCUGAAAAAGCCUUUAUACAUAUUAUAUAACUAUAUAUUUUUGUAAUAUAUGCUGUGUUUUCUGUGCUGAAUUCUGAUCAUUAAUUAUGAAUAACUGUGGCUGCAUUGGAUUAUAUACAGUGUCUGUGAAAAGUGUGGAAACUCAGUGUUUUAUGGUUUUAUGUGCACGUUCCUAAUGUUUCUAUGCAACAAACUCAAUAGUGAAGAUUAGAUUUUUUUUACCAAACAAAUCUAUAAAUGUUCGGAUGUUCCACUUUAUUUUUAUUGAAAAAUCCUCCCUAAGCAUGAAGAACAGCUUCACACGCUCUCAGCAUCACAACACCAUUGUGUUUCUUGUGUUCUUCACUAGUUGGAGAUUUCUUUCUUUCUUUCCUGUGAUGCAGUUCAUCUCAGUGCAGUUCAGUAGGAUUGAGGUGUGGUGUCUGGGCAGGUAGUUCUAUGAUAAAUAUCACUCCAGACGUCUGUUUUCUCUCUAAAUAACACGUACAGAACUCAGACGUGCGCUUCGGCUCGUCGUCUUGUUGUACGGUGAAGUCGGUUCCGAUGACCCGCAGUCCAGACGGAACUGCACGGUGAUGAAGUGUGGAAUAGGAGACGUGUCGGGACUCCACAGAACGUUUUUCCACUCAUUCACUCUCCAAUUCCUGUGUGUUUUGAACUUUUAUGUAACGUGUGUUUGACGACUAUAAAUGAGUUUCCACACUUUUCACAGACACUGAAUAUAUUAUAAAGAUGUGUAAAUAUUAUUCUUUUUUUCUA